AGCACAAAUUGUGCCUAUUUUUAAAUGAAAAUUCAAAAAGAAAGUUGAAGCGCUUAAUUUCAAAAUUGUCCUUUUUUGGAUGGACCUUAAUCGCAAAUCUUUUUAAAGAUUUCGGUAAAGAACAUUUUGAAUCUUUGAUAUGGCCAAUUUUAAGAAACUUCAAGCUUGAAGCUUUACCAUUUGAAAUUCAUUUCUUUCUAGCCGUUUCGAUUUGCAACAAGUUUUAAAGAUGCAAUAACAAUCGACAAUCGAAGGAGAAAAUGAAAUAGGGGAAAAGAGUGGAAUAAAACUAAACAAAACAAACGUUGACAGCUACAGUAAACAAACGUCAACAAACGGGCUAGACUAGGUAGGAAAUUAUUCCGAUUACCGGAUUCUGGAAUGAUUUCGACCAUAAAUAUCAAGAUUUUAGUAUAAAGUGGAAUUUUCAACGAAAAAUUCAAAGCAAUGAGCGUCGACGAGUUGGAUAAAUCGAUUCAACAAUACAAAGCACAGCUUGAUCAGAUCGCACAAGCCCUACAACACACCAAGGAUGCAAAUGAGCGACAAGAGUUGGAAAAGCUGAAGCAAGAUUUGAUCGAAUUGCUGGAACUUACGCUAGAAACACUUGCACCUACAAGCGAUGAAGACAACGAAACCGGCCCUCCGCCGGACAAUCGAUGCUCAACUGCGGGCGAUCGGAUGGAUGAUGAAUUUGCACUGUUUAUGAAGGAGAUUAAACAACUACCUGCCGAGCCGGAAAAAUCAACGGACGAAAGUGUAGCGAACCCGGACACAGCGUCACAAGACGAACUAGACUUUGAUGGAUUGGUUGGUAGCAAGUGCUCCGCUCCCCAUUUACAUAGCUGGGGCUCAACCGCAUACCAUAACGCGAUGGUAUGUAGCCUCGAUACGUCAAAUUUGGCCGAAGCGACCGCAAAGGUACUGUUCACAAAUCCUACCCAUCGGGAGAUGAUACCCUGCACAUACUUUCUCGAGGGAGAAUGUCGCUUCGUAGACGACAAGUGUCACUACUCGCACGGAGAAGUUGUUCGGUUGGAUCAGUUGCGUGAUUACCGGGCACCGCGCUUCGAACGGUUACGCCAAAAGGGUAGCCGUGCGCUGGUGAAACAACCAUCGCGGCUCUGGUGCAAGGCUAUCGUGCUGGAGGUGGACUUUGAUGAAAAGCGAUGUAAAAUCCGGCUAGAGGAAGGCAAACGUGAUCAAAUGGAUGUGGCAUUCGAAGAUCUUUUGCCACUGGAUGAUGAUAAGGAGUGUGGUUCGGAAGAUGAGAACCCAUCGGACGAUGGUUUCAGUCCAGGCGAGGAUGCCGAUGAAGAAUCUCUCCGUAAGGCACUAAUGGUGGAGAAAAGUCUGUUCCAACCGGCACCCGAUCGUCGGUUAGGCGAAUGGGAAGAGUACACGCGUGGCAUAGGAUCUAAAAUUAUGCAAAAAAUGGGAUACAUUGUUGGUACGGGGCUUGGUCGGGAGGGCGAAGGAAGAGUGCUGCCGGUAAGCGCACAAGUGCUACCGCAGGGGCGUUCACUCGACUACUGUAUGGAACUGCGCGAACAAGCGAACGGCGAUAAAGAUCUGUUCAGCGUGGAGAAAAAGCUCGUACAGCUUCGGAAGCAGCAGGAAAAGCGCGAUGCCAAGGACUACGAGCGUCGGGCCAAGGCAGACAAAGCGAAAGAUGUGUUUGCAUUCAUCAACGAACAGGUGUUUAGUGGUGGCGAAAGCUCAAAAUCAAAACCGACGGCCCGGCAAGGCGAGCUAACCAGGCACGAUCUUAAGGAACAUUCGUCCAAAAACUUAAACAUUGCCAGCCUUAAGCUAUCGGAAGAGAUACGCCGAACGGAGGCCGAUGUGGAACGGCUUAAAAUAGCGCUAACGCGACACAAGACGGGGACGCCGGCAUCGGACAACUUGCGACGACAGAUCGAUGCGAAGCGUGCGGAAAUCAAGCGCCUGCAGACAUCGGAAUACAACAUUUCCAAGGAACAACAGUUGCGCACGGACAAAAAGAAGAUGACGAUAUUUUAGACGAAAGUAUUACA